AUGGCUGGCACAGGAGGCACAGUCGACGCGGCCCUCGAGGAGCUCAUCUCGACCUUCAACGAGCUCAACAGCGCCACCGUCGAGGAGUUCGACUCGGAACCCAGUCCCCUCGAGUUUAUGCGCUUUGCCUCACGCAACGCACCGUUUGUGAUUCGAGGCGGUGCAUCUUCGUGGAAAGCCUGCCGCAAGUGGGACGCUGCCUACCUCAAGGCUGCCCUCGCCGGCGAGUUCGUCAACGUUGCCGUCACACCACACGGCAACGCCGAUUCGCCCACGUUCUCGCCUGCGCAUCAGCGCCUCGUCCUCGCUAAGCCUCACGAGGAGAGUCAGUCAUUUGAUGAGUUCCUCGACUACGUGAUUGAUCAGGAGACAGACCCGGCGUUCCCUCUCGAUGCAGAGACAAGAUAUGCCCAAACCCAAAACGACAAUUUUCGGGAUGAGUACUUGACCCUAUUCCCCGAUGCCCAAAAGGACAUACCUUUUGCGCGAAUAGCCCUCCAGAAGGCCCCGGACGCCAUCAACCUCUGGAUAGGAAACUCCAAGUCCGUCACCGCCACUCACAAGGACAACUUCGAAAACAUCUUUGUCCAGGUCCGCGGCAGGAAGCACUUUGUCCUUCUCCCGCCGCUAUGCCAGCCUUGCAUGAAUGAGAAGCUCCUGCCGCCGGCGACGUAUGUGCGGCGACCUCAGUCCGGCGGCUUCUCGCUCGAGGUAGACGAGGGCAAGGAGCCGGUACCGUUCGUCACGUGGGACCCUGAAGACCUCAGCUCCAACGCGACUUCUCUUUCUCGACUUGCGAACCCGAUGCAUGUGACUCUGGAGCCGGGGGACAUGCUAUACCUGCCCGCCAUGUGGUAUCACAAGGUCUCUCAGUCUUGCAUUCCAGGCGAUGAGGGUUUCGUCGUUGCCAUAAAUUACUGGUACGACAUGGAAUUUAGUGGGACGCUGUACCCAUUGGCAUCUUUCCUGCGAAACCUUGGGCGAGCAUGCGACAAGUGA